AUGAGAAAUGCCCUUAACCUUCCUAUGCCAAUGAGCCCAAAAUCUUCAUUUAUCCCUCCUCUACCAGCUAAUGGAGACUCAACCCCAAGACUAUAUGACAUUGAUUUUUGCCCUCCUAUGAGCCAAUUCUCCGACUCUCAAGCUUGCUAUGUAUUUUCGCCUCUAUCUCAGUCAAUUAAGCUUGAAAAUCUAGGCCAAACAGAUCAAAAGACACUGCGUGAGUUAAAUGGAAAUCACAAAAGCAACUUAUCAUUAGAAACACAGAUAGGCAACCCGUUAAGAUCUGAUGAAAAAGCCAAAUACGAACAAAAAAUAGAAGAACUUGAAAGCGAAGUCAAAGCCUUAAGGAGAAUGAAAGUCCUACUAACUCCCCUCUGUGAGCGAAAAAAACCUUUGAAAAAAAUCCCUAUUUUUGCCCAAAAACCCACCCUCCGUAAGCUAACAAAAAAUUUAAAAAAAUUGAUAUAUAAGCGGCAUUAUUAUAAUGAAAUCUUUAGCUAAUUCUGUUUAAUUUUAAACAGCUUGCAUUUUAAAACAUAAAUUCACAAUUAAAUAAAUAUUUGCUUUCCAAUUUUUGAGAAUUGGAAUUUUUAAAUUUCACAAAAAUUUUAUAAAAUUAGCACCAUCAGUGAGCGAAAAAAAUUGUUUAUUCGCUCAUAUGGAGGGGGGAGUAAGGGAAAAAGAUCGGAUCAUCGGGAAUAUUGAAAUGCAACUAGAAAUUGCAAAAGCAGAAAACCGAGGGUUAAAAAAGGAGGUUAAAUACCUUAGACUGCAAAAUAUAGCACUAACAAACAAAUUUCAAGAUAAAAGUGAACAAGAAAGUGGGGAAGCAUCCCCAGAUCCAGCAACUAGAGUAACGAAUGCUUUGAAUAGCUUUAAAGCAGAUCUAACAGAUUUUAUAGUUAGAAACCAAAGAUCGCGGAGCAAAACUUUAGCUCCAAAGCCUGACAAAAUAUAA